ACCUAAAAAGAUCCGUCAAAGAUUUACUGUUGUCAAACAUGGAAAAAUCAAGAUAGCUUUAUCUCCUAAAAAUACUAUAGUCUGCCUGAAAUUACCACCUGUUUCUUAUGAAAAACUGCACAUAUAAAACAUGACGAAAAAAUCAAAAACCAUCUGUAGUGAUAUAACUGUUGUCAAGUUCCAUAGACUGAUUCAAGUUCUUGGUGAAUCAACUUUAAACAUAGCUUUACAUCAAAAUGACCUGCAAUAGCAAAAAAGAAUUGAUGUUGCAAAUAAUCCACGUAAUAACAUAUUUUUGAGUGAUAAAAAAAUGGAUAUCGGUGAAUCUAGUAUUAGAAUUGAAAAAGAGGUUAAUUUUACCAAUGAUGAGGUGAAGAUAGAGGAAAAAUUAGGAAUUAUAGAAAUUGCUGAACAAUUUAUUGAUACAAAAGGGGUUCAUGGAAGAGAUGAAUAUAUAAUCAAGAGCGAAGAAAGUGACUCAGAUAAUUUAAUUACACUGACCAAUACAGGUCAAUCAUCACCUGCUUCUUUUGCGAAAGACGAAGUGUUAGAUAUAGUGAUAAAUAAUUCUGAUCUAUCUCACUUAGAGCAAUAUGAGUCUCAUAAAAAUAACAUUGGUGGUUAUCCUCCAGGUGAAGAGAAUUAUCUAGAAAAACAUGAACAAUAUGAUCUCACUUCUAGUUCGAUAGAUUGCAAGAAAGUAAAGAUAGAAUCUCUCCAUUUGAAUAUCAAGAAACACGAUUGUCAUAUGUGCGAUUAUAGUACAAAUUUCAAGAAUAACCUUGCGUUACAUUUGAAAUCUGUACAUUUGAAUAUUAAGAACCACAAGUGUGACUUAUGUGACUUUGCUUCGAACCAGAAAAACAAACUUGAUGUACAUCUAAAAGCGGUUCACUUGAAAAUAAAGGAUCACAUGUGUCACUUAUGCGAAUAUGCUGCUAGUGAGAAACACAUACUCGACAUACACAUCAAGUGUGUUCAUUUGAAUAUCAAGGAUCACAAGUGUCAUCUAUGCGAGUAUGUUGCAAGCAGAAAACAUUUGCUCCAAAGGCAUAUCAACUCCGUUCACUUGAACAUCAAGAAGCACAAGUGCCACUUAUGCGACUAUGCUGCAAAUAUGAAACAUAAAAUCGACGUACACGUCAAAUCUGUCCAUUUGAAAAUUAAGGAAUACAAGUGCAUCCAGUGCGUGUACGCCGGAACUGAUAAACACAAACUUGACCAGCAUGUGAAAUCUGUUCAUCUGAAAAUCAAGGAUCACCAGUGUCAUCUAUGCGACUACGUUUCGAAUAGGAAAUGUAACCUCCAACGGCACAUCGACUUCAUUCAUUUGAACAUCAAGAAGUACAAGUGUCACUUGUGUGAGUACGGAGCGAAAGAGAAAAGACACCUCGAAAUACACGUAAAAUCCGUUCAUUUGAAGAUCAAGGAUCACAAGUGUCAUUUAUGCGAAUAUGAUACGAAUAGAAAAGAUAGCCUUCAAAGGCAUAUUGAUUCGGUUCAUUCGAAUACCAAGAAACACUUUACGGAGGUUAAAAGUGAACUGUAAUCGAUCAGUCUCUUUCUUUUAUACAUAAUGUAUAGAUAGUUUUUAAUGGAUUUUUUCACCCUUCAUAUCGAGGAUUUGAUAGAGUGCCUUCCAGAUUUUCUGAGACUUCCAAAAUAUGUAUUUAGUCCAUGCAAGAAUCACUGACAUCCCAGUAGGUCUUGGAAGUUCAGCUUAAUAUCUGGUCACAAAAGAUCCCCAAUGAUUUCUGUAGUUUCAAUUACAGAACUGGAAUAUAUAAAUAUAAUCU